AGUCCUAGUGGUGGCCAUGCCAAAGGUUCACAAGAGUUGAACCCACCAAACCACCAUAAAACCACAAUACAGGAGCAAAAAACAUAACCAAAGGACAAGGAAGUGUCGACAGCCAGAACAAAGAGAGUCGAGCAACAUGGGAACAAUUAGUAAAUUACAAAAUUACACAUAGAACAAAAUAAUAAAAUUACACUUGAAAUAAAAUGACAUAUUAUCCCCAUGAGGCAUAAGCUCCUUGUCCUUGAAAAUGAAAUUUGAACAACAAAAUAAUAAAAUUAAGCCACUGUAAGUGAGUUUGAACAACAAAAUAAUAAAGUUUGAGCUACUAAUACCAUAAGUUGUUGUCCCAGAAUAAACCACUGCCCUAAUCUGCAAUUAUCACAAGAUCUUAAAUGGAUGAGCAUCAUAACAAAAUCUACUCCCCAUAAGCUACUGCCCCCAUAAUAACCCACUGUCCCCAUAAUAACAAAAUCUCACCAAACCAUUCAACCAUUUGAUUGAUGCUAGAAAUCAUAUAGAAUGGAUGAGCAGUUAAAGCUAGAAAUCAGAUUGAUGCUAUCUAGUCAUAUAGUAAUAAUACUAUGUAUGUUCAGUCUUUCCGAAUCAUAUUUGAGCUAAUUGAAUAAAUCCUAAUGAUUAAUACGGGUACCCAUACUAUCCAAACGGGUAUUAGCGGGUAACCCGCGGGUACCCAAUAUUGAAAUUCAUAAUCCCAAGUCCCAUCCCGCAAUGAAUAUAACGGAUAUUUGGGUACCCGUAACCUUCAAAAAAUGGGACAGGUUUCGAUAUACCAAAUACCCGUUUCCCGUUGCCACCCCUAAAGCUGAUCCAGUCUGAGCUAAAGUAAAAUGAACAGUAAAAUGAACAGACUCCAUUAAGCUGUUUUACUUUUUCUGAGAUUCAGAAUUUCCAUACAUUUCCAUUCAAUGGUUCAAUGGUUCAAUUAGUUAGAGAUGUAAUUUGAUCAAAUGCAGAAUGCUUCUUUUUUUCAUCAUGUUGAAUUAUCAUAUUUACCACAAUUACGUUACAUCAUAAUUCUUCCUUGAUUCAUGGUUUUCAAUGCAAGAAAAGCUAAUGUAAAAAGAAAAAUGGGCACUUGGCAUUUAGUUUCUGCUUAAAGGUUAUCAAAUUGUACGCAUACAACAAUGCCUUCUAAGUGUCUAUUAUUUAGCCUUCUUAUUAAAGAAAUGAAAUGUAGCAACUGCAAAACUCUUUUGGAAGCAAUAAUGUAGCCUGUCCGUGUAUGUUCCUCCAACGAUUCCAAACCCCUUAGUUGUUGCGGACAACCCUAAGAAGUUAAAAAGCUAGAAAGUACAACAGGACUCUCUUUAACUACUUUGUCAUAUUCACAAAGCAGCAAGAGCAUGGAAGCAACUGGUUUAAUCUACAGCAUAAGUCGAAUCAAUAACUGUAGAAGUUCCCACCAAGACAAGGCUCUAUUGCCUCAAUAAUUCCUCCAUCCAGUCUACCAAAAGGACAAAAAUCACAUGCAUUGAACGUACGCAACUGACUCUUUGCCAUACUUAUAUGUCAGUCCCGAAAACAAACUGAGGGACCAAAACAAGCUCUGUUACACAACCAUGUCUGUCCUCUCACUCUAUAUCAUUUUCUUGAUCAACAUCCUUCCUCAGAUUAUUGCUCAAGUGACUCACGACAUAGCAGAAAAUCUUGAAACUGAUUUGGAGACUUACAUUGUUCAUGUCAAGCAACCAGAUGGCACAACUUAUGGUGGGGUAGAAGAUCUGAAGGCUUGGCACCAGACAUUUGUACCUGUCAUCAGCACAUCGAGGUCGGGGGAUGGUCGUCAUCAAAGUCGUCUGCUUUACUCAUACAUAGAUGUGAUCAGCGGAUUUUCUGCAAGGCUAACAAAGGAAGAAUUGGCAGCCAUGGAACUUAAAGAAGGAUUCGUGUCAGCACGUCCUGAGAUGACAUUUCAUCUACAGACAACCCACAGCGCUCGUUUCUUGGGUCUGGACUUAAAACCAGGGCUAUGGAACCGAACCAAUUAUGGAAGUGGGAUUAUAAUUGGAGUGCUGGACACCGGAGUUUCUCCCACUCAUCCUUCCUUCACUGGCGAAGGGAUGCCGCCGCCUCCAUCCAAAUGGAAAGGGAAGUGUGAGUUCAAACUAUCACACUGCAACAAUAAACUGAUCGGUGCAAGAACUUUCAACCUUGGAGCUAAGGCUAGGAAGAAGGGAGGCAAACCUGAAACGCCAAUUGAUCGAGAUGGACAUGGCACUCACACGGCAAGCACAGCAGCUGGUGGCUUUGUGAGCAAUGCUAAUGUGUUUGGGAAUGCCAAGGGUACAGCAGCAGGAAUGGCACCUGGUGCCCAUCUAGCAAUUUACAAAGUCUGCUCACAUAACUGUAUUGAGAGUGAUAUACUUGCAGGGAUGGAUGCAGCGAUUCAUGAUGGGGUUGAUAUUAUCUCAAUCUCCCUAGGAGCAGACCCUGGAGUUCAACUAUAUAAAGAUGGUAUCACGGUGGGGGCAUUAGCAGCAGCAAAGAAGGGGAUAUUUGUGAGCAUGGCAGCUGGAAAUUCUGGGCCUGGAUAUAGCACAUUGUCUAGUGAAGCCCCUUGGGUUUUAACAGUUGGUGCAAGCACCAUAGACAGAAAAGUUCUGGCUACUGCAAAGCUAGCAAAUGGGAAGACAUUUGAAGGUGAAUCCCUUUUCCAACCCAGGGAAUUUCACUCGACGGCGUUGCCACUUGUUUAUGCUGGGAUGAACAAGAAGCCAUUGUCGGAAUUCUGUGGGAAAGGAUCAUUGGUAGGGAUGAACGUGAAGGGCAAAGUUGUUCUGUGUGAUAGAGGUUUGGUGGAUAGACUUGACAUAGGCAAGGAAGUGAAAAAUGCUGGCGGCGCAGCAUUGAUACUUGCAAAUGGAGAACAGGAUGGGUUCAGUACGUUAGCUGAUCCUCAUGUUCUUCCUGCUACACAUGUCAGCUAUGCAGCAGGGCAGAAGAUUAAAGCUUACAUAAAGGCAAAUAAGCAAGCAAGAGCAACCAUUUUAUUCAAAGGAACAACCUUAGGAGACAGGACAGCUCCAGCUGUAACUUCUUUCUCAUCAAGAGGGCCCACGAUGGUGUGCAGAGGAAUUCUGAAACCAGACAUUAUGGGGCCUGGAGUGAGCAUCCUAGCAGCAUGGCCAUCCCGAGGGACGAACAAGAUGAAGAACCCGAGAUUCAAUAUCGAGUCUGGCACAUCUAUGUCAUGCCCUCAUCUGAGUGGGAUUGCAGCAUUGCUCAAGCACUCUCAUCCAACCUGGUCACCUGCUGCCAUCAAAUCUGCUAUAAUGACAACAGCCGAUAUCAAAACCAGGAGAGGCACCACAAUUAUUGAUCAAGAUUAUCAACCUGCCGACCUCUUUGCCAUUGGAGCUGGCCAUGUUAACCCAUUGAAGGCAGAUGACCCCGGUCUGAUCUAUGACAUCCACCCUGGAGAAUAUAUAGGGUACCUGUGUAGCUUAGGGUACACAAAUAAACAAGUUUGGAUUAUCACAAGAAUGUCAAUCAAAUGCAAAACGCAAAGAAAGAUACCUGGAGGACAGCUAAACUACCCUUCACUCUCGGUAACACUAGGGCGCUCCCAGACAUUGAUAAGAACAGUUACAAAUGUUGGUCAGGGGAAUUCAAGCUAUUAUGUGAAGAUCACUCCUCCAAUCGGGGUCCGAGUAGCUGUGAAGCCUUCAGAGUUACACUUCACAAAGGUGGGCCAGAAUGCAAAAUACGCUGUGAUGUUCAUUCGUACCAAUGAAACCAGAUUACACCAACAAUUUGCUCAAGGAUAUCUGUUAUGGGUUUCUGCUAAGCACAGUGUCAGAAGUCCCAUCUCUGUGCAGUACGGCUGAAGAAGCGAUGCAACAGAUCAAGAAUAACACACUGCAGGCAUGCAGCCAACCAUUUCUUGCUGAAAGUUGGAACAGUUAUCAGGAAGUUCUAAAAUCUCCAGUAAAGAACGGUUCUUUGUAUUUUUUAUCCCUUUUCAUGGUAAAAAAACAACAAUGUAGAGAGGCAGUAACAAGAGAAAUUUUACAAUGCUAUAUAGUAUUGGUGCUAUAGGGUUUGCCUUUAUGGUACAAUUUAAAAUUGUACAUUUACGUUAUGGUACAACUUCAUAUUGUACCUAUACUUUUUGUACAAAUUCUUUUAUGGUACAAAUUGAACUUGUACCUUUAUGUGAUGGUACAAUUUCAAGUUGUAAAGUUGUACCAUAACAUAAUGGUACAACCUAAACUUAUACAUUUAAUGUUAUGGUACAACUUUAAGUUGUACAUUAAAUCACCAAUACUAUAUAGCAUAGUAGAAGUGCUCCAGUAACAAAGCUUUUUAUAGUUAACACGAGAGAGAAUCCAUCCUCUUAGAGAGCUAGGAUUCUGUGUAUAAUUAAUAAGCGAUUUCAACUAAAAUAACAGAAGAAUGCUUGCUGUUGUUUUUUCACGAGAAGAAUGCUUAUAUUUUGUGGAACUUAGAAUUAGAAAAUUUCAUAACCAAACUUUGCUAUCCUAUUCUUUUAUGUUCUGCAGCUUUCAUGCAAGAAUACCCAUGCCCUAAUGCCAAGGAAAGGAAAGGAAAGUUUAAAGAAGGGAGACAAAUACCUAUCAGCCUUCCUUUUGCAAUUUGCUUGCCUUAACAGGGAAAGCUGAGAUCAAAGGAGCAAAACCCGAACUCACAAGUGAUAACAGUAUGUCUUGAUUAAAUAAGCUCUUGUGACAACAAAGAUCCAAAAGGCACUCAGCGAAGUGUUUCAAACAAAUAUACAUUUUCUCUUCCAUUAGAUUGUGCUACUUCAAGUAACACUCCCCCAACAAAACAUCAUCGCAUGAUGUUAGCACCAUGACCUAAAUACAAAAUGAAAUUUCAGAAGAGGA